CAUCCGGGUGCGUCGAGGCGAGUGUUUUUUGUUAUUCAUUUUUUAGUCCUGCAAAAGGCAGUGAGAGGGCUAAGAAUGGCAUCCAAGGAUAAUGUUUAAUCCUUAUAAUAGAACAUGGUCAACCUGGAAUAGAUUCAAGCUGAUAACCAGUCGAGUAACCAAUUUGCAAUUUUUAUACGCAUGGUCAUUUAAACUUUUCCAAAUGCCGCGAUCACUGGAUACAACUAGCAUCCAAGAAACACCUUACACCCAAACAAUUCAAGAAGAGUCACCAGACAGUAGCACUCCAUCGCAUUGCCAUGACAACACACAGAAUUCUCCCAAGCAAGAAAGAAUAGCUGUGAGAAAAGAUUUAGUCCAGGGUCAGCUGGUAAUGCUACCUUCACCAGUCAAGACCCCAAAAGUUUCACCAAGUCAGUCUGUAUCGUCUUCUAAGUUAGAAACUUCAGGCUCAGCUACUAGACACAGGAAGAGAUCAUCACUGAGCAGCAGCAAUAUGGCAUCACCUGCACCUCAGCGUUCUGGAAGAGCUUGCAGAAAUUUGUCCAGAUCUUUUAGUGAAAGUAGCAGCCUGACCAUAUGUCGUAUCUGUCACGAAGGAGACAAAGUGGAGCAACUGAUCUCUCCUUGCAAGUGUUCUGGAACAAUGGGGCUUCUUCACAGGAGUUGUAUUGAACAGUGGCUGGGUUCAUCCAAUAGCAACAGGUGUGAGAUCUGUGACUUUGAGUACCAGGUGGAGAAGCAGUGCAGGCCUUUUUGGCAGUGGCUCAGAGAGCCCAAGAGGCCCAAUGAUAAGAGGAACAUGUGGGGUGAUAUCAUCUGUUUCCUGGUCCUGACCCCCCUGGCUGCUGUCAGUGCCUGGCUGUGUGUCACUGGGGCCUUACACUAUGCAGAGUGGACCAACCAGUGGGAGGCUGCGGGGCUGAUUACCCUCACUGUCCUCCUUGUUUUGAUAUAUAUUGUUUGGUGCUUGGUUGCCCUUCGAUACCAUUAUAAGGUGUGGGCAGAUUGGCGAGAGCAAAACCCUCUUAUUCGUAUAGUAGACCUUGGAGAUGACAACAAUAACAUUAGCCUGGAUGACAGAGAUGUUGAAACUGCUGUCAUCAAUGGUUGUAUGGGACUGUGUUCAGUUGGAGCCAGGAGGAUCAGCAGUGUUAGCAUCCAGGAUUGUGAUUUAUCAACCAAUCUUGGCGAAGUUGAGAGCAGCGUUGGUCUUAUAUCUCCACGCCAAAAUCGCUCUGAUUCUGUAAUUUUGCUUGCCAAUGAGUGUAAGAGUGGUAAAAUAGACAAAAUAAUUGGACGUGAAACCAGUCUGUAAGUGUCCUCACUAUUUGCUAAGUUUUGACAACUAAAAUAGGAACAUGUUAUGCAAAGGAUAAAAGUGCUCAGUUUAUAUUGCAGUUGGGACAGUUCAAUAUUUAAUGCUUUAUGACAUUUUUUUCACCCCCAACUGAUUUAUUCUUCUGCAAACCUAGAGACUUGCCAGUGAAUGGCUUCAUGUAUAUGUAUUUACAGAUUGUCCUACACUUCAUAAUGUACAUAUUAUAUUGCCAAGCAAUAGUUUCAGUAAAUAUUAAUGUUUGUGCUAUCUGUCAACAUUACGAUUUCCACAAUUACAUGGAGAGUUUAAGAAACUGGAGCAAGAUGUGUCAUUUGUUGACUGACCUUAACAGUAGGACAUGGCUUUAGAUAGUAUAUGUCAUACAGCUUUGAUGACAUUAAGAUGAAAAUGUAAUUUUUUGGUGUAAAGGGUAUAGAUUCUUGACAAGUUGAUACUUUAUUUAGUUCACAGUUAUAAAGCCUUUCCAUCUACUGGGGCUGAUACAAGUUUAUUCAAACCAGUAUUAUAAUAACAUACAAAUAUGUAUAAUUUUGUUAUA